AUGGCAAAUUCCUCAGUAAGCCUGAAGCUACUGAUAGACAGCCGAGCGAAAAGGGUGUUGUUCGCGGAGGCCGGCAAAGACACGGUCGAUUUCCUCUUUUACAUACUCUCUUUGCCGGUCGCCAACUUGAUCAGCCUAGUCGGAAAAGAAGAGAUGGUGGGGUCGUUAGCCAACUUGUACGAGAGCGUACAUACGCUGAACGAGACCUAUAUCCAACCGAACCAGACAAAAAACACACUCCUCAAACCGGCUUACCCGGUCCCUGGCUCCACAGCUGUUCCUCUAUUGGCCCUCAAGGACUCGUCCUCGGGUGCUGAUCAGAAAAAGUUCUAUGGCUGCUGCUGUACUCGUAAUAAUAGGUUUUAUGAUGACGAUGACGAUGACGAUGACUAUGGUGUUGGCGGCUAUAUGAACUAUGUUAGUGAUGGCCCAAAUGCCACCUGUCCAAGCUGCAACAACUUCAUGUCAAGAGAAGUGACUUACGUGGCCCCACCGGUCGUGAAAAGGGUGCCGUCUGGUCCGGAAGGCGGGUUCGUGAAGGGAGUGGUGACUUACAUGGUGAUGGAUGAUUUGGUGGUGACUCCUAUGUCGACUAUCUCCAGUAUUACUCUGCUUAAUAAGUUCAACGUCAAGGAAGUUGGUGCUUUGGAGGCAGGGGCGGAGGCACGUUGA